AGAUAAACACAGGCGACUCUCAGUCUUGAUAUAAGAUGUAAAGGUGUAACAAGUUCAUACGAGUAUGAAUCCACUUGUAAUGAAUCGAACAAGUCUGCUUGAGGGAGUGAUUGUAGUGGUAUACCACUAAAAUCACUCAGACUUCGCUCCGAGUUGAUUUUACACGGAGCGAAGCGAAGCUGCGAGGUGCGACACCCAUGCGCCGUUUGUUGCAGCUAGCGUAGCUGGCCGACCGAGCUGGAGUAGAUAAACAUGCAGACAAGGCAGGCGCGUACUCAGGCAGUCUACUGGGGAGGACCAUGUAGACUCCCAUGCUAUGUAGACCCCAGUCAUGCCUCUGCACAGAGGCGGACGGUCGGUCGGCGCACUAUCCGGACUCGUGCCCCACCCAGCUUUGCCUGACACCGUCCCUGUGACCUUGAGAGGCUCUCGCCGGCUCGCCGGCGCGUCCGGCCGCCGGCGGGCCGACUGGCGCGCAGUAGUGACGGACCGGCCCGGUGCAGUGGACAGCACAGAGCGGGGGUGUGCCUACGGGUUGCGGGAUUGGGCUGUGCACUCGACUCCAAUCAUGGAUCAGUGGUUGUCAGUCUGGCCCACGGCCGUCGUGGCGGUCGUGGGAGUGGCUUAUGCUGCGCUGAGUGAGUUCGUGACCGUGGCGGACGUUGUAAUCUUAGUGCUGGGCUACUGUUUGUCUCCCGUCUGCGUCGCCCGGCUCCUGCAGUCGGCCUAUCUGCAGCGGCGCCAGGGACCCCGCGACGGGGCGCGAGCCGCCACCGAGGGUGCUGGCUGCACGUACUGGGCCGCUCUACUGCUGAUCGGUUUCGCAGCGGUCACCUCUCUGGUGGUGUUGUUCGGAAGCCCGCGGACGGACUUCCUGGACGGGCUGAAGGAGCUGCUGCUGCUGGUGUUCACGGUGACAGCCAUCUCAGUGCCGCUGGCUGCCGCGCUCGAGAUCAGCAACACCUCCAAACCAGAGCUGGCGGACGCGCUUAGCGAAAAACAGAUCAGUUUCAGCGAGGGUGCUGCCUGGAUCUUCUUUCUUGGAUAUCUGGAAAUUAUUUUCGGAGAAAGUGGUAAACCGUUUGCUGCUCGGAUGGAUGACUACCUUUGUCACAAUCUCAUCAGAGAAGAAGAUCGUGUUAACGCGUGCAGAGAGAAGAUGUUCAUUAUCAUCCCUAUGACUCACAAAGCCCUUCUCAAUGACCGGUGGUCGGAUGUACCAGGCGUUCAGCGGGAUUCGGAAAAGCCACUGGCCGAGGCUGCCAGGGUUGGUGUCCGCAAGUUCGGCCAGGUACACGUCUACCAGGUGAAGGACGGCGCCCACAUGUACCGCGUGGCCAUGGAGCCGGCCACUCCUCUGCGCUCCAUCGGCCAGGCUGCCGAAGACCGGUCUUGCGAGAACUUUGACUGCGCCGACUACGAGGCCUUCGCCGAGCGCUUCCUGCUGACACUGAACGAGAUUCUCAAGAACAAACCGGUGAUCGGCAAUCAGGUGGAGCUGGUCCCCAUUAAGGACUUCAAGGAGCUGGGCAGUGCCGUGGCCGAGCAUGUUCGCGAGCUGAUGGCCGCCCGGCAGACGGACGAUGAGUGCCCGGGAACCCCGGAGCCUGCCCCGGGGAGCCUGGAGCCUGCUCCGGGGAGCCUCGAGCCUGCCCCGGGGAGCCUGGAGCCUGCUCCGGAGCCUAGUGAAGCCGCCAGGCAACCCGAAGAAUCGUCUGAGAUGGACUCUGACUCCUGGCGAUGAAUGAGCUCGCCUCAUGUCGGGGAGUGAUCGCCCGUUGCUGGCCUGACUCAGACCUCACUCACGGAGGUUUCGUGUGCGAGAAUAACGCGACGGCCAGUGAAUGCGGUGACGGCGGCAGCGAACCCCCACUAGUCCGGCGUCUGCCGUGGGACUCUGGGAGGGAUGACGCGGCGCUCGCGGCCCCGUUUCGUGGAACGGCCGGCCGCCGGCUGGGCUGGUGCAGUGCCAGCCCUAACGACGGCAGUGCGCUAGCGUCGACCGAUUCGAACGAGUGCCGUGGUCGCCACGUGUAGCUCAGGACUCGUCUUGCCGUCGAGCGUGGCGAUGGUCGCGGGCCUGGUCCUCUCUCGCUCGCCUGGUCAGUGCUCUUUCCAACAGUGCUGUGAAAAGCCACAUCGGUGGAGUCCAUACGCGACUUCAAAUUGGGAGCUCAUCGGCGUUUUAUAGAUAACGUGACUUUUGUCCGGCGGGAGAGUAGAUUGUGGUGUUCAAGCUUAUGUGGAAUUGUGGUUGUUCACGGUUCACGUUAAUUAAAUAAUGAGCAGCCGAUAUCCCUACGCUGUUCAUUGUAACUUAAUGGGUAAGAUACUUGUUUUAAUUUUGCCAUGGAAUCGAUCGACUGUGAGCUACUAACACCGAAUAUGUUAUGCCUGCAAAUAAAAUGAAGCUACGA